AUGGCGUGGGAUCCACCCCUGCAGCAUCCUCCCUCCUGGGUGAGGUCUUCCUCCGUCUUCUUGUCCUGCUCGAGAGCUGCCGUGGCACAAUUCAUCGAGGCCACCACAGAACCCCCCAAAAAGAAACCGGACCCUGUCACUUCGGAGACGGUGGUGAUCUGGGGGCUUCGCCUCUGGCAGGUGAUUGGUAUCUUUGCCAUCUUUGUCCUGGCAGUCAUUAUCACGCUCUGCUGUAUCUUCAAGUGCCGAAUUCCCCGGACAAAGAAAGAGAUUGAGGCACGAUAUGCUCAACGGCAAGCAGCCAAGACGUAUGCAGACAAACUGGACACUGUGCCACCGCUCAACGAGCUGACAGAGAUCCCUGGAGAGGAUAAAAAAAAAAAAAAAAAAAAAAAAAAGCAGACUGCGUCUGUGCUGGUGGAGGCAGUAGCUGUCCUCAGCUCCUCAUCCCUUCAGGAAAGGCAGCAGAUGAGAGGAGCCCAGUGGGACGAAGGAGAUGUGAAGAUGCUCAGCGUGUUGCAGCAGAAACUCAGGAUCUCAGGGGAGCUGGGCUGA